UUUUGUUCGAAAGGUGAGGUGCAAAUUUAAUACAAUAUUUACAUUUCAUUUUAGUUGUUAUAAUAUUCCUGAUUGAUUAAGGCGCCUGACCAAAAAUAAAAAGCAAAUAUGUACUCUGUACAGUACUAAUGUGUGACUUUCCCAGAGCGCACGAGCGGCACCAGUCCUCCGACGAGGCUCUACUGCAUGAAGAUGUCACACCAAAGAAGCUGCGACACCAGCAACCCAAGCCGGUCGCUGACAGUGAGGAGACCGGAGAUACAAGUAUCGAAGUGACAAAGACCAUUAACGCGAGCACCGUCCGGUAUGAAGGCAGCAAAAUCAUAGCAGAAGGCAGUCGCGGCGGCGGUGACGCGGUGCAGCUGUACCUGUUGACGCAGCCGCGGCCCGGCGCCGACGGCUCCGCGCGCAACUCCAGCGAACAAUCAGUUCAGCCGGUGCAGACGGUGCAGCUAGUGCAGCCGGUGCAACUGGUGCAUCCCAUGCAGCCGGUGCAAUUGAUGCAACCAGUCCAGCUGAUGCACCCGGUGGCGCCGUCGACCUCAGCCCCGUCGAUGACUGCAUUGAUUGCAGUAAAACCGGGCAAGCCACUGCUCCCUGACGAGCAGGACGCGCAGACGAACCAGACCGAGAGCGAGGAGACCGCCGAGAGCACCGAGGAUGAAUCCAGUCCUGAAGCUACCACCGCGCACAGCUCCACCGACAACUCGGCAGAGGCGGCGAGGUUGCUGUCGGGCGAGGAUCUAGAGGCCCAGCGAGAAGUGCUGCGCCAACAGCUGCGGGACAUGAUCGAUCGGAUCAGAGAACAGCAACGAGUCCAGCGUAGAGGCGAUGAGAGCGGCCACGGCGGCGGCAAGAGGCGGCGCGUGGCCAAGGGCGGCGAACGGACGGCACGGCCGGGGCGGCGGCGCCAGGACCCCGCGCCCUGCACGCGCCACCACGCCGCGCACCUGCAGCCCGACGCCAGCCUCGCACAUUUCUACUCUGGGUAGUGGAGCCCGCCUCGCCCUCCUCGGUCUCCUCGCCCUCCCCGCCGGUCUGACCUAUAACACAACUGACUUGGAAACGUUGCGCAACCUCCACCUAGCAUAAUUCCUUACUCACUUUUAACUUUUUCUUUGAAGGUUUCAAUCAUCACAAUCGUUUUUACUUCUUUACAAUCUUUUGAUAGUGUGGUCUAGUACAUCUGAAAAAAAUCCCAUUGGACCGAUUUAUCGGUAGUCCGAUCGGCUCAACGGGAAACGCACAACACUGAGGUCCCUGCUAAAGACCAUUCCUCCUUAAUAAUCCUACUUUCAUCAAGCAAUCUGCUUUAAUUCUCAUAACUCACAAAUUGAGUUUUAAGAUUCAUCUUACAAAUUUUAAUCGACCAUUUCACUCCCUAGAAAGUUCAGUAAAUUGUUAGGACAAUGUUAGGCUAUGGCCGGUUGCAAGAUCUAAUCUGUCGCUAUGAAAUAUAUUCAAAUAUUCUUGCAUUACUUUACCAAUGUUGCGCAAACAAAAAUAUGUUAUUAAGAUACUUUGGUGCUGUUUUUGCUGUUUGCGCUG